UGCCGUCAGUCUUGGUUUAGCUUUACUGCUCGUCGCUUCUUCGAUCGCCGUGAAAUUAGUAAUUGAAUUUAACACAUUCGUUUAGUAUCGAAUAACCAAAUCAGUCAUGAAGUUCUAUCUGCUGGUGAUCGCCGCCGUGUCGUUUUUGACCUACAUCAGUUGUGGCCUGGCCGAGACUCAAUCCCAACGCUCCGUUCCCCUCGCUCCAUUCGCAGAUGGCUGCAUCCAGUGCCACUCCAAGACCAACGAACGCUGCGCCACCGAUCCGGUGAGCCUGCUCAACAGGAACUGCUCCGACGGCUCCUCCAACUGCUACUCCCGCGUCCAGGAUGGGUACACGAUCCGCGGAUGUGCCGUCGAUCUGGACAACGCCACCCGGAACGCGUGCAACAACGAGCUGGUGUGCCUGUUGUGCACCUACAACGAGGGCUGCAACCGGGCCAACUUCCCGUCCAGUCGGGCGCAGUGCCUCCAGUGCAGCGGCAACUCGACGGCCUCGGAUUGUGCCACCGAUACCUACAGGCCGGCGGCGAUCUGCCCGCUGUACAAGUUCGGCGACCAGUGCUACAUCCGCAACAGCAACCGCACCGUGGACGGCUCCUUCCAGCGCGGAUGCCUCUCCUCCGCCCAGGCCAAGAAGCAGUGCGUCAAGGAUGGCAACUGCUUCACCUGCGAGGGACGCGGCUGCAACUUCCUCAAGUACAACGACACCCUCAUCCCGCUGGCCCGCGACUCCGCCUUCAAGGGAUCCCUGUCCGCGUUCCUCCUGAUCGCCGGACUCCUGGCCGCCUGGAGGCUCUAAGGAGGCACUGCUGCCGCACGGAUGAAAGUCAAUCCUCCCAUCUAACUUUCAAGAUUGCAAACUUCCAAUAUUUCUAGGCUUCAUCUUCAGCAUUCAACCACUUUUUUCUAGAAGCGUUAUUAAUGAUAUAUACUUUUUUUUUUUACACCCCCUGUCUUUGUUAUGUCGUUACCUUGAACAAAAAUAAAGAUACAAAUUAAAUGAGAUAAAUAUUAAA